UCAUGAGGAAGGAUUGAGCCCAGCCAUGUAGGCACUAAUAAGCUUUAGUGGCCUUGAACAGCUUCAUCUGGGAGCCCCAUCGACCCUCUGCCCAUUGCUCCAUAUAAGCUUGGAGCCAGAAAUGCUGACUCUCUCCAAAGCAGCCUCCUGCUCCACACACAGGCCUAAACCAUCUGUGCUCGGGUGGUGGUGAGUGAUUCACCAUCCCCAGCCCUGACCCUGUGCCUCGGGAUGGCCACAUCCAAAGUGUUCCAGCUCUGUUCCUCCUGAGUGAGCAGGAUUGAGGUUAUCCGGAUGCAGCCUCAUCAAAAACGCCUCGGGAGGCUCCCAGUGAGAAAGCUCCUGGUGCUCCGAUGCUCACUUUGGAUCUUCAAAGACGAACAGGAGCAGAGUUGCGCUUGCAGUUAAGCUCUCCAGGUCUGGCUGUUCCUGCUUCCCUCUGUAAUCAAAAAGGGUGAGGAGCUUCCUUUGCUCUGGAGCAACAGGAUCCAAACCUCCCACAUGGGCACCUGGCUCUGGGGUAUGGCCUGAAGCUGCUGGAGCCUUUGAGAGCACAACAAGAGCUGCUGGCGUUGAGGAACCCCCUAAGAAAAUCAGCUUAAAAACAAGAAGCUGCUUCCUUUGGGAAACAUCUGCUCGGGGUACUUGUAAUGAGAGAGGAAACCCGGUGAGGACACCACGGCUGCGCUCGCUUCUGCUUCCUCCCCCAGUCAUUGCUCGAGCCAAGGAUGCUCUGCCCGCUGCUUGCCCUGAGAGCACUGGUGCUCGGCCUGGCAGGUGCCAUUGAGAUCCAGGUCCCGGAUGAGCCCGUGGUGGCUCUUUUCGGCCGAGACACAACCCUGCACUGCUCCUUCUCUCCCGAGGCCAACUUCAGCCUCAACGACCUGAGCCUCAUCUGGCAGCUGACCGACACCAAGCGCUUGGUCCACAGCUUCUCUGGUGGUCGGGACCAGCUGGAAGACCAGGGUGGGGGCUAUGCCAACCGUACAGCCCUGUUCUAUGACCAGCUGGCCCAGGGCAACGUCUCGCUGCUGCUCCGGCGUGUGGAGAUCUCGGAUGAGGGCAGCUUCACCUGCUUUGUCCGGGUCCAGGACCACAACAGUGCUGCUGUGACAUUGCAAGUGGCAGCUCCCUACUCCAAGCCCCAUAUGAACCUGGAGCCUAACAAGCACUUGAAGCCAGGAGAUCUGGCAGUGGUGACUUGCCACGCUUCCCGCGGCUACCCCGAGGCCAGCGUCCUCUGGCAGGACAGCCAGGGCAGCAACAUCACAGAGAACAUCACCACGUCCCAGGUGGCCAACGAAGAAGGUCUCUUUGACGUGCACAGCGUGCUCCAGGUGCUGGUGGAGCCCAGCAGCACCUACUCCUGUGUGGUGCGAAACCCGGUGCUGCAGCAGGAGACCCAAGCUUCUGUCACCAUCACAGGCCAGCACCUCGCCUUCCCUGCCGUGGCUCUCUGGGUGACAGUGGGACUUGCCAUUUGCGUCGUGGGGCUGCUCAUCGUCCUGGCCUACGUGUGCCAGAAGAAGAUCCGCCAGAGCUGUGAGGAAGAGGAGGAAAAUGCAGGGACGGAGGAGCAGGAUGAGGAGGGGGGAGAACCCAAGACAGCUUUGCAGCUCCUGAAGAGCACAGAGAGCAAAGAGGAUAAUGAGCAAGAAAUCGACUGAUGGGAGCUGGGAUGCCCCCAAGCAGUGCCUGUGCCCUGCACCAGCCGCAGUGGGGAUGAGCUCCAGGGCCCCUGGCAAGGGCAUGGACCUGCUGCCACCCCUCAUCCUGAGCCCCGACACCCUCCUCUGUCCCCAGCCUUGUCUUUGGGGUGCCUGGGGCUGGGGAGCAGUUGAAUCUCUCUAUCCCCAGUGAGCCCCCAGGACCGGUGCAUCCUUCCCAGGGAUGAUGCACGGUGGAGGCUCUUCCCUGUCCAUCUGUCCAUCCCCACAUGGGGCCGAGAGCAACCAGGGUCGACCAUUCCCCCCCCCACCAUCACCUUCUGUUCCUGGUCCUGCGUGGCCGCAGCUGAGCCAGCCACCUUCCAGGUGCCUUCCAGGGCAAACUUUGCUGCCCUUUUUAAGCCCAGAGGCCUUGAGAGUGGUGAUGGGCUCAGUGAGCAACACAUGGAGCCCUGGAGGCUCUGGGAAGAUGGAUGGGGAGCUGCAGGACUCCCAGGCACCGGGGUGCAGAGCUGGUGCUCUUGUCCCCGAUGGUGGUACCACUCUGGGGAUGUGUGGGGGUGACUCUUUUGUCCCCUUGCACCACUGUGGUUCCCACUGGACUUUCAUUUCUGCCUUAAACGCAAAGUGCCCUUGGGGCUGUUAUCUCCUGCCUUGAAUUAUCCCAGGUGACAGAAGGCAGGGCUGGGGGGGGGGUACCUGCUGGCCGGGUGAAGCCCCCCCUUGGCCUCCCCAUGGUGACAAAGCUGCUGCUUUGGGGGCUGAAGCACUGGUGAGGACAAACCCAGCUGGUGCAUGGGGCUGAGCAUGGGACUGGGGGUCAUUGCCCCAGAACGUGUCUGGGGGUCCUCCCACUGCUGCUGGGUACCUGGGGCAUCCAAGCUGCCAUGGUGACCGAGGUGGCACGGCCCUGGUACCGCUCCGGGGGUGAAGGCCCUCGAGGACUCUGGUGCUGGGUUUUGGUUUUAUUUAAAAUCCAGGAUCUGAAGGGGAAUUUUGUGCCUUGACAAAUAAAUGGGGGUGGGGGUUGGUUUGGACAAUGA